AUGGCCGAUUUGAUGGAAUCCAUUGAGCAGUUAGGUGAACUCGACGAAUAUUUUGAUCAAAGUAUUGUUCAAGAUUGGUGGAUAACCUCGUCAACAGAGAAAACCAGAAUUUGUCAAUAUUCUAGUAUACCAACGCCAGGGAGCUUGCCUGUGCAAAUAGAAGUAAUAGCAUCAGAACUAAAUGUUCGUCCAGAAGAAAUGCCUUUACCUGCACCAGUCUUCCCAUACGCUCCAUAUCUCCAACAACGACCUGGACUUAUGCCCAGCCUAGCUAAAUAUUACAGAGGAACAGGAAGCGCAUUGGACGAUGAACGAGCAAGCGAUUCAGCCAGCUACGAUGAUCAAUUCGAAAAAGAUCUCGAGUCUUUCCCAUGGCCAACUCAGCUGUUCGGAAAAAUAAUCAGACAGAGAAAAUAUAAAUAG